AUGUUCUUCACUACAGCUUCGCUUCUGUGGCUUUCACACCUUUUCACGCAUCUUGCUUGGGGACAGGCUCGUCAAUUUGACAUGCAAUUGGAGGAUCUGAGAAUCUUUGGACAUUCGGAUUAUUUUGAUAACGCAUAUGGUGAACUAGAAAUGAACGACGACGAUCAGCUUGUUGCCAAUGUCCGCUUUGAGAUACGUCAAAAUCUCGAUGAUCUAUGCAAUGUGCGUUUCAAAGCCUAUAGACUUAGAAAUGGUGAAUAUCUAGAGUUUUAUGAGCGUCAGGCUGUGAGUCUUUGUGAUUUUGUGGAACAAAACCAAAUUAUCCUCACGGACCUUGCUCAAUAUGGCAACCUUCCUUCUCAUUGCCCUUAUACGCCUAAGGAUAUCCAGAUAAAUGGGUAUCGCCUGGACCCAAAAGUCUUUCCAGACGACCUUUCGAGCAUGGACGUGAAAGCAGAUACUGUCAUAUCUUGCAAAUCUGAUAAUGGAGAAAAUGUGGAAGCAUUGAAGAUAUUUGCCAAGAUCAGAAUUGUCGACAUUGCGUAA